UCUUUGAUUUAUUUUUUUAUUUAUCUCUGGGACAUAUGUGAAAUAAUAAAUAUCAGUGAUAUAACUAGAUGUUCUGAAGGCCAGUGUAAUAUGGCGAUGUUUUAUCUAGUUCUUGUCGUGUUUUCAUUGAUAUUUUUGUAUUUUGGAUUAAAAAAAUCAUAUUGGGAUAAACGUGGAGUACCUGGACCCAAACCAUGGCCUUUUAUAGGGAAUAUUGGACCGCAUUUUUUGGGCAGGAAGACUCUUGGACAGGUUUUUGUGGAUAUCUACAGAAAGUAUGAGGGUUAUCCAUUUGUGGGAACAUUUAGAGCUGGAACACCCUGUCUAUUAGUCAGGGACCCUGAGCUAGUCCAUCGUAUCUUGGUAAAAGAUUUCAAAUCUUUCCGAAAUAAUGAGAUGUACGUAGACAAAGAUACGGAUACUUUGUUUAAUAGAAACCCUUUUGCAUUACGUGAUCAAGAAUGGAAAGAUACCAGACAAAUGCUCACACCAGGAUUCACCAGUGGAAGACUAAAGAAUCUUUUUCCAAUAAUGACAAGCAUUACAAAGGACUUUAUCAAGUUUAUUGAGCACCACCCCACUGCAAACACUGAUGGUAUCGAAACCAGACUCUUGACAAAACGUUACACUUUGGACAACGUUGCCAAAGCUGCUUUUGGAAUCGAUGGUAAAUCUUUCGAGAGUUAUGAAGAAUUGUCCGAUUUCAUGCAGCUGGCCAACAGUUUUCUCACACCCGGUACAUUGCACGGCUUGUUCAUGCAGGUUAUACAGAUUUUUCCCGUACUUUUAAGGAUUAUUCCUCCCAAAUUAAUCAGUGGCGAUAUAGAAAAAAAGAUGAUAUCAAUAAUAUCCGAGGUAAGGCAGCACAGACUCCAAAAUGACGCCAUUCACAAAGAUUACCUCCAAUUUUUAAUCGAACUGGGCAAAGAAAACAAAUUCUCCGACACUGAAGUGACAGCUCACGCCACCACGUUCUUUUUUGACGGCUACGUCACUUCGUCAUUGGUCCUGAGCUAUGCCCUUCUCUGUCUCGCUCAAAACACGAAAUAUCAAGAGAGAGUGAGAGAAGAAAUAUUGAAAACUGAGGAAAAAAAUAAUGGUGAAGUAACUUAUGAGGCUCUACAAGAGAUGGAGUUGCUGCACGCUUGCCUUUGGGAAUCAAUUCGCCUUUUUCCUGUCGGUGAUAUCCUUACAAAAGCAUGUACAGAACCCUUCGAGUACACACCUGAAGACCCUUCAUUUAAAAAGAUAACACUUAACGUUAAAGUCGGAGAUAUCGUAAUGAUACCCUUCUCAAUGUUUAGUAAAGACCCGAAAUACUUCGAAAACCCUGAAAAAUUCUAUCCAGAAAGAAUGUUGGGCAAGGAUGGUACCAUUAACAAGGUGUUCUACCCAUUUGGUAUGGGACCUAGGGCUUGUAUAGGACAACGUCUGGGGACAAUGCAAAUCAAGAUUGGGCUGGUUCAUGUCAUUAAAAACUUCGAGGUUACUGUGAGUCCGAAACUGCAACAACCGAUAAAGUAUCAUCCGUUCAACAUCAUGAAUGAAAUUAAAGGGGGUUUAUGGUUGAAGUACAAAAAAAUAAAGUAGGAACGGUAUACUUUGACUUUCUAUCUCGUUUAUAUGAAAUUUAUUUUAGUUUGAUUUGUAAUUCUGAAGUUUUAUUUUAAUUUGUUUAAAUAAA